AUGUAUCCAUAUUUUUUCCUCAACGAAUGGCAGCAGUACAGUCCUAUUCUGGCACAUAUGGUGUUCGAGGAAGAUUAUAGUGGAAAUAUCGAAAACGUUGUUAGUAACAUCAGAAAGGUCUUAUCAGGAAAAGUGCUGCCAGACGCUGAGUCACUGGCUAUGGAAAUGACGCAUCCUAUCGUCUCACCUGUUAUCGGUGCGUGGUUGUAUGACGUACAACGUAUAGGGCUUAUCCUUGUCACUUCUCUCCUGUUAUAUUUGAGAUGUAGAGCUCAAUGUCACUUCAAUGUGAAAAUUGUUGCUUUGGAUGUCACUAGGAAGAAUGAGUCAUAA